AUGUCCGCAUACCCCGCCGCCAUCGGAGGAGCUGAAGGGCCUGCGGAGCCCGCGCAGGGCAAAGCCAUUCAGGUCAUUGCCCUGAGGACCCAAGGUCACGUGAAAGCAAAGAAAGAGAAACUGAAACUUGUCGGAAGUAACCUUUGGCCUUUGGGCCACAGUCCUGCUGGCGACGAGGUGAUAAAGCUAAUGGCCAAGUCAAAGCUGGCUCAACAUCACGUCCACCUUCUGUUCCUGCCUGGAGGAAGAGGAGGAGAGGAGGAGAGGAGGGGGAAGGCCAGCAGCCCCCUUCUAAAUGAUGUCAUUCAGAGGUUGUCCAUGUCCUUCCAUUGGCCAGAACUUGGACACACUAAGCUGCAACAAAAUCCAAGGAUGGCUCUUAGCUCCAUGUUUCAGAUAAACACCUCUGGUGGCAGUGUGAUUCUCUCCAACAGGCUGGUCAGACUGACUGUCCACUGGAUUGGGCAGCCUGUUCCUUCACUGCCCAAAUCUCCCAGCAAGAGGCUCCAGCCAGCCAGUGUGGUGGCCCUGCCCAGGUCCCUUGCUCCGGCCUUUGAAAAUUUCUACCAGGUCAACAGUGGCCCCCUGCCGCUGCUGGGCCAAAGUGAGCCAGGCAAGUGGACGUUGCCUGCCCUGGAUGCGGUUCCAGGUACCAGAAAGUCCAGCCCUGGACAGAUGGCACUGCCUUCUGUCCACUUCAUUACCCAAGCUAGAAACCUGACUCCACAGGGUUAA